CAGUAAACGUCGUCGUCGUUUUUUCUUUUUCGCAAAAGAAAAAAGAAAUUCGCGAAGAUUUCUUUUCAAUAUAAUUAUCUAAUAAUUGUUUAAAAGUGAUAUAUUUAGAGCGUAUUUAAUAUAUUUUAUGUUGGUGAUUGAAAGUGCAAAUCAAAUCAAAUAUUUGUAGUUCAUCAUUUUAUUGAAGAAUUAUUAUUGGAGGAAAAGAAGAGAAACUAAUGUAAUAACCAUUGUGCGCCUCUAUAAUAACGAAAAUAGAACGAACAAGACAGUAAAAAGAGGUUGACAAACGGGCUAACAAAAGUGCGUUCGCGCGUGUGUGUGUGUCGCGCUGAGAACGAUCCCAAUUACAAUUAUUCCCAUCUGUGCUAAAUAGCAUUCUACAACAAGAACAUAGUAUAUUUUUGUUAAAUUUUACAUACAAUUGCAGAAUUAUAUUUUAAUGUUUUCAAAUUUAAAUCGAGGAAAAGAGAAAAUUAAUAAAAUAUUCCGCAAAUUGGGGUUGAGUCAUUUGUUGUUGUGGUUGUUGUCGUCCGUCGUAUGUGAGUGGUAAUCACAAAUAAGUGUGUGCACGUUUGUCUUCAUCAAUUGACAACAACAACAUUGUACUAUCCUCACAACACAUACCCCAUAUUCUAAGUCGAUUGGAAUUGUUGACAUCUAAAUAAUACCUAACUACAAACCUACUACCUAUCAACAUAGAGUGGAACAAUAACGUCACGGAAAAUAAUAACUACAAAAAACGAAGAAAGGUGGCUCCUUAACCCGUUAUGGAUAAUAAGGCAGCAACAACGUUACAGCCAAAUACACCAUCUUCCAAACCCGUGGAUGUUGUGGUGUCGCCGGUGGUUGUCAAUAACAACAACAAUAAUAAUAACAAUAGCAUAAAUACGAAGAUAACCACCACUACUAGCACCACCAGCAACGGUAUCAAGGAAAAUAACAGUAAUAAUAUAACAACGACAUCGGCGACAACAGCUUCCAUACCAAUUGUGGUUACAAAUACAUUGGCCAGUGGUAAUACAAGUUCCGGUUCUUCUUCAUCGUCGUCGCCUCCAUUUUCAGCUGCUAUCAAAAAGGAGGCCAAUAAGGAAAAUCUAAGCACACCUCCACGGGAUGCUCCCCCACCAACACCCAUAACUAAAGGUUUAAACUUAACUACAACACCCAUUGUGAAAAAGGAGAAACGACAAACAAGUUCACGCUAUAAUGUAUCAAAGAAUUGUGAACUAACAACAUUGCCCAUUUUAAACGAGAAAACUCCUGCCAAUGAACGCGAGGAAUUAUUCAUACAAAAACUAAGACAAUGUUGUACACUGUUCGAUUUUUCCGAACCAUUAAGCGACCUAAAAUGGAAGGAGGUUAAACGGACGGCUUUGCAUGAAAUGGUUGAGUAUUUGUCCAACCAAAAUAAUGUCAUUACCGAAGCAAUUUAUCCGGAAGCAAUAAAUAUGUUUGCUGUAAAUCUCUUUCGCACAUUACCGCCUUCUUCGAAUCCAAAUGGUGCCGAAUUUGAUCCCGAGGAAGAUGAGCCAACACUGGAAUCAUCAUGGCCUCAUUUACAAUUUGUUUACGAGCUAUUUUUGCGUUUCCUAGAAUCGCCUGAUUUUCAACCCAACAUCGCCAGACGUUAUAUUGACCAUCAGUUUGUGUUGCAAUUGUUGGAUUUGUUCGAUUCGGAGGAUCCGAGAGAACGUGAUUUCCUAAAGACUGUUUUACAUCGUAUUUAUGGCAAAUUUUUGGGUUUGAGGGCAUUUAUACGCAAACAAAUCAAUAAUGUGUUUUACAGAUUCAUCUAUGAAACUGAACAUCACAAUGGCAUUGCUGAACUUUUGGAAAUUUUGGGCAGUAUAAUCAAUGGUUUUGCUUUGCCUCUGAAAGAGGAACACAAACAGUUUUUGCUCAAAGUUCUGUUGCCAUUGCACAAGGCAAAAAGUCUAUCGGUUUAUCAUCCACAGCUGACCUAUUGUGUGGUACAGUUUUUGGAGAAAGACCCCAGCCUGGCAGAACCAGUCAUUAAGAGCCUUUUAAAAUUCUGGCCCAAAACCCACAGCCCCAAGGAGGUAAUGUUCUUAAAUGAACUGGAAGAAUUGCUCGAUGUCAUUGAGCCGGCCGAGUUUCAAAAAGUCAUGGUUCCAUUAUUCCGACAAAUUGCCAAAUGCGUUUCAUCGCCCCACUUCCAGGUGGCCGAGCGGGCGCUCUACUAUUGGAACAACGAGUAUAUCAUGUCCCUAAUAUCGGACAAUUCUCAAGUCAUUUUACCCAUAAUGUUUCCUGCCUUGAAUCGUAAUUCGAAAACGCAUUGGAAUAAGACCAUCCAUGGCCUAAUUUAUAAUGCCCUGAAAUUGUUUAUGGAAAUGAAUCAACGUUUGUUUGAUGAGUGCAGUAAAAAUUAUCGCCAAGAAAAGCAAUUGGAACGUGAAAAAAUGUCUCAACGCGAAGGCCUUUGGCAACAGGUUGAAUCGAUGGCCAAAAGCAACCCGGAAUGGCAUAAACUAUGCGGUCAAAUGGACAAUUUAAGUAUUUCAAGUAGUCAAAAUGAUUACGAUGAUGAUAAUGAUAACUUAGAUCUUACCUACAAAUUGGAUUAUGAUGACCGACAACAGCAACAACAACAGCAGCAGCAACAACAGUCGCAACAAAUGCAAAACCAUAGUAUAGCACAGGAAAAUCGUGAGAAAUCGCCACGUAAUUUGGAUAAACCAUUGCUAAGACGAAAAUCUGAUUUGCCAGCUGAUAGCGGCAUUGUCCAUGCUCUAUUUGAGCACAAGAGGCCAGAUGAAUAUUUGAAAACUCCGCCGGAUGCAAAUGCAUGCUAAAUGCCAGCACACACAGCUUGGCAAAAGAGAAACAAAAAACAUUUUUUUGAAACAUUAAAGACGGACGGCUGCUCUAGUGAAACAUGAAACCUAUUCCAAUUUUAUUACACCAAAAGACAUCUUCUGUUUUCUUAAAACAGCAGCAGAACGCAGGCGUUAGAGACAAACAAUACGUUGCAUAUUAAGCCAAAAUCAAUAACAUUCAACAGUAAAACAAAAAAGAAAAACAAACAAUGAUUAAACUUUAUUUUUUUUUUUCUUCUAUAUAAGCAAUGCACUUAUAACACACCAACCACACACAUACACCCCCCCAUCUCCCUUACACACAAAGAAUACAAUACAAAUUCCAUAUAUUAUUUUCAAUUUAUAUCAAUAUAACAAAUUAAAGAAUAUAUAAAUAUUUUUUUUUAAAACAACAAUGGAAACAAAAUAUUUUAUUUUUAAUACAACCAAAAAAUGAAUUACGUAUUCAAUUAAAUACAUAGGUUAUAUUGUAUUAAAAAAAAUCCAAUUGGUCAUAUUUUGGGUUAUGAACAACAGAACUUGCAUAAAUUCUAGACGGGAGUUUUUAAAAAUAUACCCACUUAAGGUUGAAGGUGAUUUUUUGAUCGAAACAUUUCUUUUUUAAUUGGAUUUAUAUAUUUCCAUCAUCAUUUAUUUGAAAGUAAAUCUGUUUACAUAGAUCAGUGUCACGGAAAUCAACUAGUUUCAAUGGCGUUGCCAACUGCUAAGUUUACCGUUUGUAACAGUCAAAUCUAUUCGUCAUCUUGAGAGCAGUACUCACUAUCAAACAAGUAGGGGGAAAAAUUUCAAAGCAAAGUUUAAAAGUUAAAAGGAUUUUGUAUAACGUUUUUACAAACUAGUAACCAAUGUUAUAUAUAUUUUUGGUUCACAAUUUAACGUUUCUACUAAAAUUUCAGUUAUGAGUUGUUUUGUUUACACAUAUUCAUUGGGGGAAUCAGCUUUAGUACAAUGGCGUUGCCAACUGAUAAGAACGCAGAUCAAAGGAGACAAACACAUUCGUCAACUCAAGUGGUGUACACACCAUCGAUCAAGUUGGGCAUUCCACAAAUCUUAAGUUUUUUUGGCAUUCUAAAGAAGAAUUAAAGCUAUAUUUUUUAAGAACAAAAAUAAUGGGUUUUGACCAUAAUAAAUUAUACAUUAUGAAAUUGUAUUUGCUGAUUUUUUUUUUAAAUUUAAACUUGUCCUAGAAGCAUGAUUUGAAAAUGUUAUUAAUUUUUGCUCUACAUUUUUUUCUAUUAAUUAAUGCAUGUUAAAUAAUUGUGUAUUUUUGUGGACAUUUUUUCUGUUUUAAUUAAAAAAAGCAAAUGGAUAUGCAAACAUUUCUGCCAGCCGCCAUUCCAGCUACGCGGCUGUGACCACCAACAACACAAAGAAAACUACAAAAUUUCAAAAGACAAUUACAAUUGAAUGAUAAUAUUUAAACAAAAAAAUCUUCUCUUUUUCUUUUUAUUUUGCAGUGAAACAAAUAUUAUAGGAGUUACAUACAAUAUUUUAUUAACUUUAACACAUUAUUAAGGAGAGUUUUAUUAUUAGCUAUGAAAAAAGAAAUGGUUAAUUUAUUUGUUACAACAUGUAAACUCUAUAUAAAUAUUAAAUAAUAACUAUACACUAUAAUAAUAACUAUCACAAACACACACAC